CCAGACUAUUGGAACCAACAGGCGAGGGAGACGUUACAGAAAGCACUGAAUGCCGCAUCACAACACAAUGAGAACAUCGCACAGAAUGUCAUUCUGUUCUUAGGGGACGGGAUGAGCAUACCAACGGUGACGAGUACCAGGAUAUACAAGGGUCAGAGAGAGGGGAAGACUGGGGAAGAGUCAACGCUAGUCUAUGAGGAAUUCCCACAUGUGGCUCUUUCAAAGACAUACAACACAGAUUACCAGGUUCCCGACUCAGCAGGCACUGCUACAGCCUUCCUCGCUGGUGUCAAGACGAAACGAGGCCUUGUUGGUCUCGAUGAUCGAGCCAUACGGGGCGAUUGCGCCUCUGCCCAGGGCCACGAAGUGCCCUCAAUUGUGAAGAUGGCUAAAGAAGCGGGAUUCGCCGUUGGUGUAGUCACUAAUACAAGACUUACCCACGCCACACCCGCUGCAGCCUAUGCGAACUCACCAAGCAGAGAUUGGCAAUCAGAUCUAGAUAUACCCGAAGCACAGAAGCCCUUUGGAUGCAAAGACAUCGCACUGCAGUUUCUUGAAAACUUCGAAAUCGAUGUUGCUAUGGGAGGAGGACGAUCAAGCUUCAUGCCGACGUCCAAAACAGACUACGGAGGAAAUCCACUUCUUAGAGGCAUCAGACAAGACGGUCGUAAUCUUAUAGACGAGUGGCGGCUAGCCAGGGCUAAGCUUGGAAGGGCUGACUUUGUCUGGAACAAGGAACAGUUCGACAACAUCGAUCCCAACAGUACGGACUACAUACUCGGGCUCUUUAACUACGAACACAUGAACUACGAGGCGCUAAGAGAUGCUGGUCCUGAAGGUGAACCGAGCAUUAUUGAGAUGACUGAGAAGGCAAUCAAUUUACUGCGGAGGAAGAAAGACAGAUUCUUCCUUCUUGUAGAGGGUGGCAGAAUUGACAUGGCGCAUCACACAACCCGCGCAGGUCUCGCCCUGUCAGAAUCCCUAGCCCUGGAACAAGCUGUCGCUAAGGCCAUUGAGAUGACAGACGACCAGGACACACUGAUUAUUGUCACAUCUGAUCACAGUCACACGAUGUACAUGGCCGGCUACCCAAGCAGAGGAAAUCCGAUCCUAGGAAUAAAUGACAAAGACUUGGGACUAGACCAGCUCCCAUACACAACCCUUGGCUACGCAAAUGGCCCGACUGCUGCCCUCUUGGCGUCGUCAUUCUCUGAAACGGGCAAACGACCUGACAUCACAUCUGAUGACACUGAAGAUCCACAGUACACCCGGCAGUCCCUCGUCCCCAUGCUGAGCGAAACGCACGCCGGGGACGACGUUGCCAUCUUCGCCAAGGGCCCCAUGUCGCAUCUCUUUCACUCAGUGCACGAGCAGAACUACAUCAUGCACGUCAUGCAAUAUGCGGCUUGUAUCGGAGACUACACAACCCAAUGCCACACACGGAGAGGGACAACUACGACUGGUAGUGAGGCUACACUUACCGAUGAACAGGGGGAGCCAGUGACGUCAGAAAUCACGAGUCCCUUCUUGUCAACGGUUGAUGUGGAUGAUGACGCAAGCAUGCUGAUCGAAGAAAACGAUCAGAGUGUUCCGUUGUCCCAGGGAAUUCUGUUCGCCGUAGAUUCGUCCCCUAUUAAUUUUUAUGGGAAACAAAUAUGGGCUGGAGGAGGAUGA